GGCACGAAGAAUCCUCGAUCCGUCCCGGCCUGUGCCAAUCGAGCAUCAAAAUCAUUGUCCUAACCUCAACCGCCCGAUCGAUUGCGCAUCGCAUCGCCAUCAACGAGACCCCCUUUCUAUUCUGAGGUUCGGGACGCCGCCCCGUCUGGUCAAUUCUUCGCCAUGCUUUCGAGGGCAGCACGACCGGCUCUGAGAGCCGGGGCUGCGGCUAUUCCUGCUCGCACCGCCGUCGCCAAUGGAGCCGCCACCUACGCUACCCUGCGGGAAAUCGAGGGUCGUCUGAAGUCCAUCCGCAACAUCGAGAAAAUCACCAACACCAUGAAGAUCGUCGCUUCUACCAAGUUGACCCGCGCCCAGCGGGCCAUGAACGAGUCUCGGAGCUACGGUAAGACCUCCAACACCGUCUUCGAGUCCGCCGAGACCAAGCCCCUCGAGGCCGAGGGCAAGAAGACCCUCUACAUCGUCUGCAGCUCCGACAAGGGCCUAUGCGGCGGUAUCCACUCCGGUCUCUCGCGCUUCAUGCGCCGGCAGCUCGGCCCCGACAGCCAACCCGCCGACCUCGUCCUCAUCGGCGAGAAGUCGAGGGCCCAGCUGAGCCGUACCAACCCCAAGAACAUCGUCCUCACCUUCGCCGGCAUCGGGAAGGACAUCCCCACCUUCGCCGACGCCCAGGCCAUCGCCGAUCAGGUCGUCCAGCUCCCCACCGACUACUCCGAUAUCAAGAUCGUCUACAACAAGUUCAUCAACGCCACCAGCUACGAGCCCGCCGUCGUCGAGGCCUUCUCGGAGGAGGCUAUCGCCAACUCGCCCAACUUCUCCACCUUCGAGGUCGACGAGGAGCUGCUCCCCAACCUGCGCGAGUAUGCCCUGUCCAACUCCCUCUUCUGGGCUUUGGCCGAGGGUCACGCCUGCGAGAUCUCGGCCCGACGGAAUGCCAUGGAUAACGCGUCCAAGAACGCUGGCGAGAUGAUCAGCAAGUACCAGAUCCUGUUCAACCGAACCCGUCAAGCCGUCAUCACCGGCGAACUGGUCGAGAUUAUUACCGGUGCCACUGCCUCGGAGGAUAUGUAAAUAAAAAAAGGGGGGGGGGCCUACCAACCCGCCCGGCGAGGAAAGGGAUACGGCGGCAUCGGAUUAGGGGGGAGGAAGGGACGGAUGGUGGUAUCGGUGGUUAUGCUGGUAGCGACGAUCACCCAAUCGCGCGCAUCUUCCCUUGUGUAUUACCAGAGUACCCCCAAGCAAUAUAAAGAGUAAAUCUCAGCGUCUCGCUGCCCUAGAUGUACCAGUUCCCCAAUAAAUAUAUUCUUCAA